AUGCAAAAUCCAUUCCCAAAUACACUCCCAAAAAACACAAUUAAUUAUACCCCCAGUAACAACCCCCCCAUCUCUACUACUCUCUCUGCUCUCUCCGUGUGUGGUCUUCAAUAUGGCUUCUUUCGAAACCGACCACCACACAUGUGUGAGCUUCCCAACCCCAAGAUCAUUCCAAACCACCUUCAAAUCAGAUCUCAAAGAAACUCUUUUCCCUGAUGACCCUUUCAAGCAAUUCAAGCAAGAGAAUUCCCUCCGUAGUCUCAAAAAAGCCGUUCAGUACUUCGUCCCGAUUUUCGAAUGGCUUCCCAAUUACAAUUUUCGUAUGUUUAGGUUUGAUUUGCUUGCGGGUAUCACCAUUACUAGUCUAGCUAUUCCUCAAGGAAUUAGCUACGCAAAACUCGCUAACAUUCCUCCCAUCAUUGGCCUCUAUUCGAGCUUUGUUCCGCCUCUUAUUUACGCUAUUUUCGGAGACUCGAAGCAUCUCGCAGUGGGAACUGUGGCUGCCUGCUCAUUGCUUCUCGGUCAAACCAUCGGCGAUGUAGUAUCGGCCGAAGAAAAUCCCACAUUGUACCUUCACUUGAUUUUCACGGCAACUUUUAUCACCGGAAUCUUUCAGACAGCAUUAGGUUUUUUAAGACUAGGAAUUUUUGUGGAAUUCUUAUCGCAUUCUACCAUUACUGGUUUCAUGGGAGGAACGGCGACCCUAAUCUGCCUGCAGCAGUUGAAGGGUAUGUUUGGUUUGAAACAUUUUACGACCAAAACGGACGUUGUCCACGUCAUCCAUGCAAUCGUCAUCAACAGACGCGAGUGGAAGUGGGAAAGUGCAGUUGUUGGUGUAAUCUUCCUUGUUUUCCUUCAAUUUACCAGAUACAUAAGGCAAAAGAGGCCAAAGUUGUUUUGGGUAUCGGCUAUAGCUCCAAUGGUGGUCGUGGUAGUUGGGUGUGUUUUUGCUUAUUUAAUCCGUGGAAAGGACUAUGGCAUACAAACUGUGGGCGACUUAAAGAAAGGCAUAAAUCCUUCUUCCAUCCAAAAUUUGACUUUUGACUCGAAAUAUAUUACAGCGGUUAUCAAAGCUGGGAUUGUUACUGGGCUUAUUGCUUUAGCUGAAGGAAUUGCUAUAGGAAGGAGUUUUGCCAUCAUGAAAAACGAACAAGUAGAUGGAAAUAAGGAAAUGAUAGCUUUUGGCUUAAUGAACAUUAUUGGCUCUUUCACUUCUUGUUACUUGACAACCGGGCCAUUUUCAAAAACCGCGGUGAAUUACAACGCAGGAGCAAAGACAGCCAUGUCGAACAUAGUGAUGGCAGUGUGUAUGGCACUCACGCUGCUUUUAUUGGCUCCUCUCUUUAGUUACACACCUCUUGUCGCUCUGUCUGCCAUCAUCAUGUCCGCCAUGUUCGGACUUAUCAACUACGAAGAGGCUUUUCAUCUCUUCAAGGUUGACAAGUUCGAUUUCAUUGUUUGCAUGGCCGCCUUCUUCGGUGUCGCCUUCAUCAGCAUGGAUGUUGGCCUUAUGCUCUCUGUGGGACUUAGUCUACUUAGAGCUCUCAUAUAUGUGGCCAGACCUGCCAUUUGCAAGCUUGGAAGAAUACCAAACUCCAUCCUAUACCGUGAUACCGACCAGUAUCCCCAUGCCAUACAAGAACCAGGAAUCUUAAUUUUAAAACUUGGUUCUCCUAUUUACUUUGCAAGCAGCAAUUACAUCAGAGAGAGGGUACUGAGGUGGAUCAGAGAAGAGCAGGAGCUUUCAGGUUCUAAAGGGGAUGUAGUUGAGCAUAUUUUAUUCGACUUGUCAGGAGUUUCAACCAUUGACAUGACGGGCAUCGAAACAUUGGUUGAAGUUCGCAGAACCUUGGAAGCGAGAGGGAUUAAGGUGGCUAUUGUAAACCCGAGACUCAAAGUGAUGGAAAAGUUGAUAGCAUCUCAUGUAAUAGACAAGAUUGGGAAGGAAAACGUCUACUUGUCAAUCGAGGAUGCAAUAGAGUCAUCUCACAAGUCUUUGCUUAGCAACGACUUUGCUGACCAUUGUGAUGCUGCUUGAAGCUAUGGAUUAUAUAUAUAGUAACCAUUAUAUGAAUAAUUGUAAUAAUUUCUUAACUACUUUUAGCCGUCCAUAGUUUAAUUCUAGUUGGGAUGGUUUUAGAUUCUUUUUUUUUUUUUUUUUUUUUUUGGAAGGGAUGGUUUUAGUUAUAAUGUAGAUAAUGUUUUGGCUUGUUGUUUUUGUUUUGUUCCAAAAUGUCGUCGAGUUAAUCCUUGUAUCAUGAAUAGGAAGACUGACAAAUACAUGCAGCUGCUUUUCAUCAA